AUGAUUUACCACAGUGAAACUGAUGGUCCUCACACGCCUGCUGCGAGCAAAUCCGCGGGCUACGCUGUGUGGCACUGUCGCCUUUCCACCGUUAUGGCACUGUUACUGUUCUCAAAUGUUCUUCCAGCGCACUCAGAGGGAAACAUAAAGGUGAAGGUUUACUCUUUCAUUUAUAGUCCCUACGUUGAGUACAGACUAGUCGAAGCAAUAAAUGCCGGCCUCAAUGCGUCAUUUGCCGCUCGCCAGUGGACUGUGGCACCCAAUGUAACGGUGCAGGUUGUGCCGCCUCCCCCUAACAACGUUGAAGUAGUUGAUGCCUUACAACGUGUUGCUACUACAGAAAAGGGUUUAUUUGUUGUGUUUGGACCAUUAAGUGACCGCCGUACGGUGUUAUUACUUCCAUUGCUGAAGCGGGAAGAUCUGGUUGCCUUCGCUCCAUCUACAGGGUCGAGUAUUGUGCGUGGAUGGAAUCCCAACAUAUAUUUUAUCCGCGUGUCACCCACUGCCGAGCUUAUUGCAUUGGUGCGGCACGCCGUCAGCCAACUGCGCCUGCUUCGGAUUGGAUUUAUGUAUCUUCAGAACGCGUCCUUUGGUGAUAGUGAGUAUAAGCAUGCAGUAGAGCUGUUCUCUCAUAUGGGUCGUGAGCUGUGCGGUGUGUUCACAAAGAAUAUCGACGACGAAGGUUUGUAUGGCAGUCACAAUUUCGAUUUCUUAUGGAACGAUUUCGCUCUAACAGAACCUCAGGGCGUAAUUUUAUUUGCACCACCUGGAAAAGAUUCAAUACAGUUUAUGAAAAAGAUGGUAGCUGACAAACGUACACGCGACGCUUAUGUACUGGCUCCUUCGGCACUCGAGUUUUCUAUCGUAGGAGCGUGGCGCGAGGCAUUGGAAGCUGCAGGGGCGCCUUUGAAAUUUGGACAGGUAAUAUUGACUGGAACAAAUCCACUAGCAGCAGACAUACGAUACCAAGCAAUCAGGCGCUUUCAGGAUCACAUGAGGUCGUACCUGAGCGCUAAUCCUGGAGUGACUGUUUUCAAUGGCACGGAUAACUUCGACCACGACGACGUGGAUGGGAGGCUUAUGGUGUAUGGGUGGAUUGCGGGAGAAGUGCUGUCCCAGGCGCUAAGUAGUCGGGAGUGGCUAACAAGCAGGAAGGCAUUCAUGGAGUCACUGUAUAACCAGCGCCGUUAUGUUAUUGACGACCUUGUGAUUGGUGAUUUUGGUGGAGACUGCAAAGGUGGGGCCGGUGAGCGAGGAGCAGCAUGCAACUGUAAUCAGGGAGGAAGUGUGGUAUACAUAAACGUUAUUGGUAGUAGCUAUAGAUUAUUUCCAGUCAACGGCGGAGUAACAAUUUUUGAUUCCAAAAAGUGUUACAUAAACAAACCGAGAAUCCCAUCACCGAUGAGUAUCCUGUCCUUAACUUUGUUUGAUACGGCGCUACCUGUGGAUACAUAUGCGUCGAUGUCAGCGGCACUGCACUCACCGAUCAGCGAAAAGGAUUCAGUUCUUUCACGACAACUGUUCUUUCAUUCAAUGGCAUCAUCCUCAGCGGAAAGUGCCAGAACAUUGCAGCAUCAGCUUGACACAAGGAGUGUGACGGCUGUGUUUGGUGUCGUUGACGAUGCGAUGCUGUCCAUUGCCGAAGUUGCCUUCGUUGACCCCGUAAUGCUUACACCACGCCUGCAUCAUCGUGGCAAAAACGUGAUUCAACUUUCACCCACACUCGAGCAGCAGUUGUUUGUUGUUGUGGGUUACGUGACAAACACAAGUGCCAGCGCCCCUAUGUCUGCCAUCGUACGUGGAGCUGAUGCCACCAUCAUUGAGGUCGCACUGCGGAAGAUUGUUUGGAUGCACGGCGGAACACUGCAAACGGUAGCUGUGCUGGAUGACAAUGCCACCCUUGUUGGGCGCCUGCCAAACCGUGGGAAUGCGUUUGUUAUUGGUCUUGCCCCCGGUGACCCUUCCUUGCUCGCAGCGCACCUGGAUCGCAACCCAGAUGUGCGUGUGCUCAUCCCAUUCUUCGACGUUGCCCUGAUGUAUGAUGAGCUGGUCAGCGCAUUCAAUGGUAACCCGAACGCUGAGCGUGUGCAGUUCGCGACAAGUUUACCUCACUGGGCAGACGCCAAUACGUCAUCAGAGAUCGUAAGAGAAUUUCAUACCGCAUUGCCAGACUCAUCAGCAUGGAAGCCGCUGCCGUUGCUGGGGUACGCUGCUGCACGGUUUGCUCAAGCCGUCCUCCCACGCAUGGAGUAUGUGACACCCAAAACGCUGCUUGACACCAUCUACAUGCAAUCUAUCAUUACCGCGGAUGAAAUGCGGUACGGUCCUUUUGAAGAGGAAGAGGAGAAGGAGUGCUUCACAGCCAAUGACCCAGUCCCUGAACAAGGAGAGGUGUGUGUCGUGAACUAUGGCGCAACGCGUAUUUCCAUGUGGUCACUGGCACGUGCAUUAAAUGCCUCCGUACCGCCAUUAACCUCGCCCGUCACGCCAUUGAUACGCUACGCUGAUCCUAACGCCAUUAAGUUGUCGUCCGCACAACUUGCCGGAGUUAUUGUUGGUUCCCUCGUCGCCUUGGCUUUGUUUGCUGCGCCUCUGGUGGUGGUGCUCUAUGUUCUGCGCCGUGGUGCGCGUGACAAUGACAGUGCUCCCAAGGAGCCGGUGGAGCCCGUAACGCUAAUCUUUACUGACAUAGAGAGCAGCACAGCGCAGUGGGCAGCACACCCUGAGCUGAUGCCUGAUGCCGUGUCAACACACCACCGUCUUAUCCGCUCACUCAUCGUACAGUACGGAUGCUAUGAGGUAAAGACUGUUGGGGACUCGUUUAUGAUUGCUUGUAAAAAACCUUUUGCUGCUGCACAGCUUGCGUCCGACUUACAGCGGUGCUUCCUGUGCCAUGAGUGGGGCACCACAGCAUUCGACGAUUCGUAUCGUGAGUUUGAGAGGCAGCGUGCAGAUGACGAUAACGAAUACAAGGCACCGUCCGCACGGUUGGAUCCUGAGGUUUAUCGCCAACUGUGGAAUGGGUUGCGCGUGCGUGUCGGGGUCCACACUGGUCUUUGCGAUAUCCGUCAUGACGAAGUGACAAAAGGCUACGAUUACUACGGGCGAACAUCAAACAUGGCAGCGCGAACAGAAAGUGUGGCUAAUGGUGGUCAGGUGCUGCUGACGCGCGCGGCAUAUCUUUCGCUAAGCAAUUCAGAGCGUGGGCAACUUGACGUGACAGCUCUUGGAUCCAUGUCGUUGCGUGGCGUCCCUGAGCCUGUUGAAAUGUACCAACUAAACGCUGUAGUCGGACGGUCCUUCGCAGCACUGAGGUUGGACCACGAGGUUGUCGAGGACGGGGAUCUGUCAAGCACUUCCUUCAGCGAUACGGGAUCCUUACGUGGCGUAUUAAGUGGAACUUCGCAGAUGAUUGAUAGCUGUUUGCACGCUGUUUUCGGUACAGUCCCUCUAUCCCAAAGACAGAAACUAUUGAUGCCUUUAUGCGAGCGCUGGCAGGUGAGCCUCCCGCCGUCAUCGAAAGCCACGUGGAAUGAGGAAUAUUGCGAAGGAGUUAUACGGCGUAUUGCAGUGAAAGUGGGUCGAGUGGUCGAUCACUGUGCAGCAGUUGGCAGUGAGCACUCUGUCAGUACACUUAGGAGUGCGUCACUCAUUAUAAUUUCCAAUCAUGGAUUGGAGCGUGAGCUUCACGGGAAUUAA